AUGCGCAACGAUAAUAAGAGAUUGUAUUGUGUUUUCGUUGUAACUGCGCUCAUCUUCUUAUUCUUACCUAAAUCUCACUUUUCUAGCAGUCCUCUGGUGAAAGAGAAUCCUUUACGCUCUGUACAAAAAAACCACGAAAGAGAACUUGGAAAUGCAGGCGGGUUCAACAGCUCUGAAACUCACUUUUCUAGAAAAGCAGCAUCGGCAAAUCUUCAAUCAUGGAUUGAUGUGGAUUUGCAACCUUGGAGUAUGACAGGAAUUACUAAACGAAUGGUAGAUUUAGCUGCUCAGCAAGGUAUGCGCGCAAACAGAAUACAGAUUAUAGGUGGUAAAAUUUAUGCUCAAAUAAGUAAGUCUUCGAGAGGCCCUUCUCGAAUUUGGUAUUGGUUGUGGGGGCUAAUGGAAUUGAUCGACGAGUUUCCAGAGGAGGCCGUUCCUGACGUAGACUUUAUACUGAAUACUCAAGACGAUCCGCAAGUUUCGAUUGUAGGAAAGCGACCUAAAAAUCCAAUACUGGCUAAAAAAUAUCGCGACUUCGUUCCAGGGAUAAAAGGUCAAGCGCCGCCUCCCGUGUUCAGCGCAGUCACUACUUCGAAUAAUUACGAUUUAUUAUGGCCCCUUUGGACGAUUUGGGGAGAAGAUGUAGAAGGUGCAGGAAGUAAAACUGGUGGAUUCCACGACCCUCCGUGGAAAGAAUUACAUCCCAAACUUAUUCAUUUUGCAAAGAAAAAUAAAUGGUCGGAACGUAGAAGCGAGAGAAUAUUUUGGCGUGGAUCUGUGAAGACAAAUCCAGCGAGGAGAGCGCUUAUACGUUGUUCUAAAAAUACAGUGGAUGCCGCUGAUGUGCAACAUAAGUUGAGAGUUGGAAAACCGAUAGACGCUUUAGAUCGAGUCAAAUACAAAUACUUGAUUUAUUUAGACGGCAAAUCAUUUUCAUCAGCGGUCCUUCCUAUGCUGGUAGCUGGAGCUGUGGUUUUCUUACCAAAUAAUUCCCCGUUUCAAACUUUGUGUCAGAGAGCGUUUCGAGAAAACGGAUUUCAUCAAGUUUUUCAUGUCUCUCUUUCCCAAGGUGAAAUUUGUCGGACACUUUCUGAAAUUUUAUCGGGUUUAAGAAACGAGGAAUUAAGAGUAGAGAACCGAGCCAAAGAUGCUGUAGAUUGGGCUGAAACGCAACUUAGCAUGCUUGCUUUUCAGAAGUAUAUGAUUGCCAUGUUGAAAAGAUAUGCAGACCUAUUGAAGUAUACACCUACUAAGACGAAGGAUACGGUUGAGAUUUCGUGGAAACUCAUUAAAAAGAAUGUUAAGAGGAAGCAGUAG